AUGCGUUGCGUUUCUUCAGUCAGUACACGACAAUGGGAGUUUUAUGUCAUCUCUCUGCAUGGGGGGUGGACAGCUGGAAAUGGCUUUCCGCAUGAGCGUUUGGGUGGUCCACGGGAUGACCUGGACGUGAGGACGUGGAACCGCUGGUUGAUGAUCGCUUCAUACCCGGAGUGCAGUGAGUUUCGGAGGAAUCAGCACUGCUUGCGAAAUUCAAUGGUUUCCACAAACGCCCCGGCCGGCCUCUUGAUAAUGUGUUUUUCUCGUGAUCUUGUGGUGUGUCUUUGUAUGUGGUGA